AGCGACCUGCAUGCCGGUGGCAAGGAUACCGUACGGUACGUACGGUGCCGUACGGAAGUAAAAAUACGAGUCUGAUGCCAUAAAGAGCCCGCAGAGAGAGGAGGACCCGUGAUAUGCUCAUUGGACGGGACACGUAGAAAGUCCUACCGAUGCGACUGUACGACAUUUUGCUUCAAAAGCAUUACCGUUUCAUACCCCUUGUUGGAUUCCGUGUUCUUUACUAUCAUAGCAGCAACCCAGCAGGACCGCCGUUCCGAAUCGAAUUGAAUUGAAUCCAGUCGAGUAGAAUCGAAUUGAAUUGAAUCCAGUCGAGUAGAAUCGAAUCGAAUCGAGCCAGGGCCAAACCCACACACCAACCAGCGAAUCCUCCGAGCCGAAGCCAGCAACACAACACAACACAACACAACACCAUGACCACCACACUGUCCGAGGACGCAACCGCGGGAACCAGCGGCGGCAUCGGGCCGGGCGAAACCGACGUCGACGGCGCCGGCCCUUCCUCCCCGACCUCCCUGUCCAUGGAGCCCACCCCCACCGGGGACUCCCUCUUCAACACCAUCGCCGGCGUGAUGGGGAACGUCCUGGAGUGGUACGACUUUGCCCUCUUUGGAUUCUUUUCCGACGUCAUCGCCGAGAUCUUCUUUCCCCCGGCCGAGGAGGGCUCCUACGCCAACCUCAUCGAUUCCUUCGUCAUCUUCGGGUCGGCCUUCUUGAUGCGGCCCAUUGGCGGCCUCCUGAUCGGCUACGUCGGGGACAAGCACGGCCGGAAGGAGGCCCUGACCAAGUCCCUCUUCCUGAUGGCGAUCCCCACUACCCUCAUGGGCUGCCUCCCCACCUACCAGCAGGUCGGUCCGGCCAGCACCGUCCUGCUCAGCCUCUGCCGCCUGGUCCAGGGCGUCAGCGUCGGCGGGCAGCUCCCGGCGUCGCUGGUCUACACGGUCGAGAAGCGGCCCCGGUCGCAGUGGGGUUACGUGAGUUUGCACGAUUGCAUUGCGUGGCAUGACAUUGCAUCGCAUCGAAGCGUAGCGUAGCAAUUAUUGAUCCAAAGUGGCUUGUGCUGCGUUGCAAAAUGCAAUUGGAUAGGCAUGGAAUGGAAUGCCCCGCACCGGACCGUGUUUGUGCGGUGCAGGAUUCCAGAACGUUUGGAACCGCUUUCUCUUGCCGUCUUGGGUAUUGUCGUUUUUCUUCUAAUCUUUUCUCUUGGUCUGCUGUUCCUCUCCUGUCCCGUCUCGUAUUCUGCUCUGAACGGUGGUGUUUUGGAAUCCUACAGUACGGCAGCCUGCCCAUGAUGGCCGCCAACAUAGGGACGCUGCUCGGAAACCUAUGCGGUGCCCUCAUGCGUGCGCUCCUGACCGAGGAGCAGCUCAUGGCGUGGGGCUGGCGGCUCCCCUUUUUGUCGGGUAUCCUGAUCGCCUUUGUGGCCUGCUACCUGCGGAAGUACGGAGGUGAGGUUGCCACCCCCGGCGACAAGCCAAGGCACCACAAUCCAAUCAAGGUCGCCCUGCUGCCGGAGAACCGCCUCGCCCUCCUGUCGACCGCGGUGGUCCCGAUGCUCUGGGCGGCCGGCUUCUACGUCUCCUUUGUGUGGAUGUCCAUCUACAUGGAGGACCUGAUGGAACCCCCCGUCCCCGAGGCCUUCUGGGUCAACUCGCUCGGCCUGCUCCUCGGCAUGACCUGGGUCCUGCCCGUGGCCGGGUCCAUCAGCGACCGCGUCGGCCGGAUCCCGAUCAUGACCGCCAGCGGGCUCCUCUUGGCCGCCCUGGGACCCGUCUGUCUCAUUCUCAUCUCCAAGGGAAAUCCCUUUGUCGCUGUGGCCUCCCAGCUCGUCCUGGGCACCCUGCUGAGCUUCUUCGGGGGGCCCCUCUGCGCCUGGCUCGUCGAGAGCUUCUCCCCGGAGGUCCGCAUGACCAGCGCCAGCAUCGGGUACGACGUGAGCCACGCGAUCGCCGGGGGUUUCUCUCCGGCGAUCGCGACGGCUCUCUACACGAGCUACGGGACCGCCGCCACCGGGCUGGUCUACGUCAUUUUCGGCCUCCUCUCGGUGGCCGGCCUCUACUUUCCCAAGUGCUGCGGAAGGGCCGACAAGGAGUCGGACACGGGGGGCACGCCGGGAGGAGCGGGUGAGGUGGAGAUGCCGACCCCGGCCGAGGGAGAGAACAAGAUCGUGUAGUGGAGUGGCGUGGCGUGGCGUGGCGUGCAAGAGCUCGAACGGCUCGGCUCGGCUUGAAUCGGCAUUCCUGGGAAUCGGGAACGGGCCCACACGCGAAAAAAGCUCUCGCCCGACGUACGACACCAUGGCGGGACCAAGUUCGCUGCUUACGGGCCAGAAGGAUUUUGUUUCAUCGCUGCUACGAAUGCACACAACACCACAAGUCUUUCCAAUAAGUUAGAAUCUGUUUCUCUUGUUGUUCUAUAACCAUAAUAUUCUCGAAUUACAAACUAACAAAACAAGGUGCCAAUA